CUUGGCUACCCUUGCAAAUUGCCGCGCGCGUCUUUCACUCGGUCUAGUCCCAUGCUCUCGUUGUUGGUUAUUUCCUUAAUCGUUCUUUUGCUUUUGUAUUUAUUUUACCCUUCUGGAAAGCAAGGCAGAAUCUAUACAUGUAAAACGAUGAUAGUAAUUGGUUCUGGCGGCCACACAUCAGAGAUGGUCCGAUACACCAGGGCUAUGGGGAAGAAAUACGCCCCCAAGAUCUAUGUUCUUGCGAGCUCUGACAAAUUUAGUGAAGAGAAAGUUCUUUCGAUCGAGGCCUCAAGAGAUGAGCCCGACAAGGCCCCUUUUGUGAUAAAAUACGUUCCUCGCUCUCGUGAAGUUGGACAGUCAUAUUUAACUAGCAUAUUCACUACCUUAUGGUCUUUUAUUAAAUCUUUCGAGGUCGUUUUGUCUUUCUCCCCGGAUCUGGUUCUUUGCAAUGGGCCUGGAACCUGUGUUCCGAUAUGUUUUAGCUACGCCGUUAUACAACUUUUGCGCAGACGCCAAUUUGCAGUUGUAUUCGUUGAGAGUAUAUGCCGUACUGCGUCGCUUUCACUCACAGGGAAAAUUCUCUAUUACUCGUCGUUUUCCGAUGUCAUUGUUCAGUGGCCUAAAUUAAAGGAGCAAUAUCCCCGAGCCAUUUAUCUUGGCUUAUUAAGCUGA